AUGGAUCUGUGUCUGGACGGAUGUGAUUCGGGCUUGGAUGGCCUCGGCCCCUCGCGGGGCUGGUCCAUGAAGCACGGCCACCGCAAGCGAUUGGACGCCGCGAGCUGCCAGAACCCCAAAAAGAUGGGGAAGGCAAGCGAGGAGGUCGGAUUGGGCCGAUCGGCUGCGAAGCGCAGCGUGAACAGUGGCAGCCGUAAUGCGUGGCGGGAUCCAUCGUACUUGGGCAAGUAUGGUUGCGACUACCAUCCGCAGACCCGCCGCAACAACUUGAGACGGUCGAUGCGGGAGGCGGUGUACCAAAGCGCAGAGCUGGAGAGCGACUGGGAUGACUGCGUUAUUCUGUCUUUGGAGCAUGUUGGUUCGUUGGAGGCCAAGUGGGAGGAUCUGGAGGUGGCAUCUGUCUGCUCCUCAACCACAGCAGGCUUCGGCACCGCUUCCACUGCUUCCGACUUUGGCUGGGAGUUCCUGCAGCCAAUCACGCCGAGCCGCCCUUGCGCUCCAAAGAUCGAUAUCUCCCCAUGGCAGGCGGCCCUGCGCCGAGCGGAGCUCACGGCUAAGGAGUAUGCGCAGCAAUGGGGCACCGGAGAAAGUCAGAGAAGGAGGCGUUGCAAGCGAGCCCCGGUCGUUGAAAAGACCGAGACUCAGAAGCUAGCAGACGAGCUGAAAAGCAAGUACCAAGUGAGCCUUCACUAUGAUCUGCCAUCCACGGGCCCUGCCACGCCGUUCGAAAAGCUUCGAUGGAAGUUUCUGAAGGAUCACGCCAAUGCCUUCUGCACUUCUCUUUCUGGCCUGUAUCUGAGUUGUGGCCGGCAGUGGCACUUGAAGCCUGCACCAGUGGCUCGAGCUGUGGAGGACCGAUUUCUCAGUGCCUGCGAUCGAGCAGCGGAAGGCGAGCUGCAGCCGGCCCUGCACGGUACAAACGAGUCCAACCUGUCCUCCAUCUAUUCCCGGGGGCUUCUCAUCCCCGGAGAGGGAGGGAACGGUGUGAGGAUCGUGAACGGAUCCGUGCACGGUGUUGGAAUCUACACCGCCUACAUCAAGGAUGCAGGCUUGUCCUGGUCUUAUUCCCGCGGUGAAUCUAGGCCAGUACUUGUCUGCGGUGUUUUGGAUCCAAGUACGAGAAAGACCGGUCCCGAGAAAAGCUCAAGCCUGGUGACCUACACACCUUCAGCGCGGAUCUUCUUUAAGGAUGAUCUCGUUUCGCCACUCUUCGAGGCAUCCCUUGGCAGCAUCCCCGCUGUUGCUAGCUGCGCUAGCUGCACUGUGCCAACUCCCACUGUUGUGGCGCCCCCUCGCCGGAUCCUUCCACCGGAUCCAGCGAAGCCAAAGGGCCCUGGGCCUCGGACGCGACUGAGGCCCACAGUGACGAUCUUGCGCGGCCCUCAGGCCUUCUUGGCCCGACGUGCCGUGCGCAAGCGUCAAACGUGA